UAUGUCUUGGAAGCUACAUCGCCUUCCAGCCUCGUUUUUCCAGAUUCCUUUUUUAAAAUGAAGAGUUUUAUUGCAAAUCCAGAUUUGAAAGCGUUGAGCCGAUUUUCUAUUAUAUUAUUUUAAAGAGAUAUAUUAUUGCAAUUGAUAAAUCGUUGCCUUGAAGUAAGGUAUCUUAAUCGAUAGAUUUUUAAAUGCUUUACCAAAUCUACAGCAGGUUGGCUUUUGAUUUAUCUUGAUUUUCUUCAAUCCACGUCGACAGUCCGAUAAUAUUCAUCCGAGCCCAAAAAUUUAAUUUCAAGAACAUCGAAGUCUUAGUUUUUUGGUUUUUUUUCCCUGUACAUCUACUUGAAUCAAGAUCAAGAGCAAUCUAGGUCGUAAACGGAGAAUUUCGGGUCAAUAGCAUUAGCUUCCACUGUUAUUGUUUGCUUUAGGUUUUCAUAUAAAUAUAUUUAUCUGGCGGGGGAGGCUGAAGGGAUUGAUGGCCAGUGACAUGUUAAAGGAAGUGAGAUUAUGGAACGACAAACGUGAACGCGAAAUGUACGACAAUUUCGCAGACCUCUUUGCCAUAAUCCGAACCAUGGAGAAACUGGAAAAAGCCUAUGUUCGCGACGUGAUUUCCCCAAAAGAUUACGAACCAGAAUGUUCAAAAUUAAUAGCUCAAUUCAAAACCCUGAGCACAUCCUUAAAAGACACGGUACCCAGCGUGGAAAGAUUCAUGGAGACAUACAAAAUGGACUGCCCGGCUGCCGUAAAUCGGCUGCUAGUUUCGGGGAUUCCGGCCACUGUGGAACACAAGGCGCAAUCCUCUGACAUGGGCAUGGGCACCGCCGUGGCCGUGGCGGAAUGCGUGCAGCAUUUUAUCACUGCAAUGGAUUCAUUGAAGCUCAACAUGGUGGCAGUUGAUCAGGUUCAUCCCCCGCUUAAUGACAUAUUAAUGGCGCUCUCUAGGGUUCCUCAGCUCUCUCCCGACUUUGAGGGGAAAGUGAAGAUGAGGGACUGGAUUUCCAGGUUGAAUAAGAUGACUGCUGCAGAUGAGCUUACCGAGCAGCAGGCCCGGCAGUUGCUCUUUGAUUUGGAAACAUCUUAUAACGCAUUCAUCAAUGCUUUGCCUAAAUCAUCUUGAUUGUACCAGUCUGUAAGUUUUACAUGUAUUUGAGCAUUAUCUAGAUAUGAAGUUUGAUAGACGACAACUUUAAUAGCAGGAUUUCUACUAUAUCAGAUUUCAUUCUGUAUUGAAUUUUCUUGGUCCUUUGUUAAUGCAAUUUGUUAUUUCUUGUUCC